UUAGCAAUCCAAUCCGUCCAGCAAAAACGGUCAUAGUCGAUGAGGACCAAAGUCGCGAUGACCAAGACGAUACGGCACUUAUCUCCAUUGGUUCGCCCGGUUCGAGACAGAGAAGCAAUGCGGAACGAUGCAACGAAUCGAAAAAGCAUGCGGUUGAAAAUAAGGACACAAAGGUGGAGAAGGAAUCCCUUGGGAAGCGACCGGAUGAGAUUGCAUUUGUGUCGAAUGAUGAUCUGCCGGAUCCGGUGCUUUACGCGGACGGUUGCGUUGAUGAUAACAAGAUCAUAAUGCUCUGCCAGCGCCAGGAGAUGGAGCGCCUGGGAAUGACGGUCAGUUCUGGUACGGUUGUCAUCAAGAAGGAUACCAGCAACUUGAUCGGCAUCAGCAUCGGUGGAGGCGCCCCACUGUGUCCAUGUUUGUACAUUGUUCAGGUUUUCGAUGGAACGCCUGCAGCCCGCGAAGGAACGCUUCAGAGCGGCGAUGAGCUUCUCGGUGUAAAUGGCGCCUCGGUUAAGGGCAAAACGAAGGUGGAAGUGGCCAAAAUGAUACAGUCGGCCACAGAGGAGGUGAUGAUACACUACAACAAGCUCCACGCCGAUCCGACGCAAGGAGAAACUCUCGAUAUUGUGCUGAAGAAGAUGAAGCACCGUUUGGUGGAAAGGAUGUCCAGCAGUACAGCAGACACGCUGGGUCUUUCCAGGGCUAUUCUUUGCAAUGACUCUCUGGUCAAACGUUUGCAGGAACUGGAGCGAACGGAAACCAUGUACAAGGGGCUGGUGGAGCAUGCUCGAAGGAUGCUCAAGGCACAUUUCGAUGUGCUACAGACGUACCAAGCGUUCGGUAACAUGUUUGCCUCGAUAAGUGUCCGAGAACCGCAGCCCCGUGCAUCGGAAGCGUUUCGCAUUUUCGGUGAGCUCCAUCGAAAUAUGGAAAAAGACGGCAUCAAGAUGAUUAAAUCACUAAAACCCAUACUUGCGGACAUGGGAACGUACCUUCAUAAAGCCAUCCCGGACACUAAGCUCACAGUGAAACGCUACGCAGACGCAAAGUUCAGCUAUCUGUCCUACUGUCUUAAGAUCAAAGAGAUGGACGAUGAAGAGCAUGGGUAUGCCGCGAUCCAGGAACCAUUAUACCGUGUAGAGACUGGAAACUAUGAGUACCGCCUCAUUCUACGCUGUCGGCAGGAUGCUCGCUUAAAGUUCGCCAAACUACGUAGCGAUGUGCUGGAGAAGAUUGAACUGCUCGAGUGUAAGCAUGCUCGAGACCUUGCUAGUCAGCUGCGUAAGUUCAUCGAAGGACUAGCUACCCUUGCAUCGGAAACCGUCGAGCGAUUGGAAAGCAUUCCAAACCUGUUCCCCAUCGAAGUGGACCUUAAGGCGAGUGCGUUUCAGUACAAGUCGGCGAUCAAGUUUCAAGCGGAAGAGUACACGGACGAUGAGGUACCACAGGCGGAAGAAGCGAUCGAGCAGCUGGAACCGUCCAAAACGGGCCAAACGAGUGAAGUGGGAGACUCGAAUGGAACCGAGAGCGGUGGACAAUUGUUGGGAGGAUUUGAGGAAAUUGACCUCAGCAAAGGCACUUCGACGGUAGCAUCGGAGAACGAUCUGUUGAACGAGCUAGGACUUGCGGGCAUCGAUCUUUCCGUCGGAAGCAAACCGAUCAGUCACAAUCUGAUGGAUGAUCUGCUCGUUCCGGAUUUGUACAAGUAAUUUAAAUUAAAUGGAAAAG